AGGAAAGGGAACGGCACGGAAACUGCUGACGGCUAGCUGGCGACGAGUCAGUCGGUAUAAACCAGCGCUCAUGCUUGGAUUGGAGUAUCGGAGCAACCAGUCCUGGAGCAUAUAUAUCCACAUAUAUGUAUGAGGAAUGUAAUCUGUGCUCGAUGACCCAUCUGUUACCUGUGUACGACGCGCUGCAAUUCACAAACUGCCAAAUUUCAUCCAGGAAAUUCGAAGACAAAGCUGUAGGUCCUUGAAAAGAAGUAUCAUCGAAAACCUGUGGCAGAUCAGGCGUCGAUAAUCAAUGGGUUGAUAACUCUUCGUGCCAUUCUUUUUUUGUACAUAAGGUGUGCAGCUUACCUAUGAGCCAUGCUGAAGGUGGUCGGAGCCUCGUGGCUGCAGACGCGCAUUUCCAGCUACAUCCUUAUAGCCGUUGUUCUCAUGGGCAUCGGCGUGAUCAUCCUUAGUGAAUUCGAUUUUUUACAUGUUGAGAAAGAUGGAAUCUAUUCGGCUACUGUGUCGUGGAAUCACAAGGGAGGAUAUCACAUUGAGUUUUGGGGCCAAGGCAACGACCUCGCCAACGUGCAAUUGAAUGUCGCCCGUGCCUACUACAAGACCAGCAUCUUCGAAUCCGGAUGGUCCAGCAUCGAAAUAGAAACAUCAUCCAAAUAUCCUGACUCCGUACAAGCUUACGCAGCCGGUUUGUUGGAAGGUAGCUUAACGUGGCAAUUGAUCUAUCAUCAUUGGUACAAUACUAUCAACGUCGUUUGCGAGAAAAAGACUUUCGAGUGUUCAAAAUUGAUGGAAUUCUUUCGCAAAAACACCGUUAUCAUUCGCGAACGUGCUGAACUUUUGGCAGCUAGAGAUCCAUUUUGGCAUAUGGUACGACUAUUCUAUAUUCAAUUGGACGGUCUGGAGGCUGGUUGGAAAUAUGCGGUUCGUCGUAGUCGACAGACAGUAAAAAUGGACACGGAACAUUUCCUCUUACUGGCAAUGGCUGCAGAUCUACCGGAUCUCGAGCAAAUGCUAAAUGAUUCCGAUUCUCAAAGCAAAUUCACCAAAGGCAUGAUUUUCCUUAAAAGUCUACCUCGCGAAGGACUAGAGCCAUUGAUAGCUAUUGGGCACACAACCAUUGCACCGUACGGUAAGAUGCUGAGACUGUUAAAAAAAUACACUUUUGGUUACCACGUAUUACCAAAGACUUCUGCACUAGUGCCAGGCAGAUCCAUCGUAAUGUCAUCUUAUCCUGGUGCUCUGUCGUCCCAUGAUGAAUUUUAUUUAAUCCAAGGUCAGAAUCAUGAAUUAAUUGUUGCCGGGACGCCGUGGACAGUCACUAAGCGCAGUCUGUUGAAUUUUACAAAUGCAAAACAUCAGGUGAUGUCAUCCGUGAAGGUAAUGACGGCGAAUCGUCUGAAGACUAACGGGCAACACUGGUUUGAUGACAUAUUUCUGAAUGAUAAUGAUGUCGAUGUAGGGUGGCAAUGGAUCACUUUAGAACCACGCUUUGGUACUAUUUGGCUUAUCAAACAAAUGCCGGGAAUCAUUCGUAAAAGACUUAUCAACAAACACUUUGCCAUCACCGGUGCCGUUUGGAGCACUAGUAAUCUGUACAAAAACGAUAUAACGUUCAACGAGACCGAUGAAAAUUCUUAUGAGAUGGCAAAGAGCGAGCUGAAUGCGAGAUUACAAACAAACGUCACUACAAUGGAGCAGUUUAGGAGGCUCAUGCGAGGAUACAAUCACGAGACACCUACCACCGAAAACGAGGAACAGGCGUGGAUUACGACUUAUAGAGGAGAUCUUAAAGAAGUAACUCAACCAUUUGGUGUAAUUGAUGCAAAGAUCGUGUUGGCUGACAUAAACGGUAUAGAAACCUUCGAAGCCAUUUCUGGACCAAGCACACUAGGCUCCCAACCAUUCUUCCAAUGGUCGAAAACUUUUCCCAAUGUCUCGCACGUCGGCCAGCCCGAUCUUUUCAAUUUCGAUAGCGUUACUCCUCUAUGGAUUUGGCUCUGAAUCAUUUUAUCUUCAAAAGCGACAUUAAAUCAAAUUAAACUAGAAUUUAUCCAAUUAAAUCUGUGAUUUGAACGAGUUGUAAAACAAGUCUAAUGUAAAAUUUCAUUGAGUUCGAUAACUUUUAGAACGCAAGUUCAGAAUAUUAUAAAAUGUCUAUGAUAUUGGAUUGUACAAAAACAAAUAUAUUU